AUGCGUCUGAACAUUACCAUAAAGAAAGAAGGCAUUCUCCCAGGGAUCAUAGGGGAUUUCCCUGUGGACAAGACAGUCUUGGACGUAUUACCAUUCGGCUCAAAAGUCUUAAAAGCAGAGGAUCACGGUGACUCCGCUUACACCCAAACCGGUCGCAUGGAUGUCGAGCUUCCUGGUGGCGAGGUCAAACAGUACUUUGUGAAGUUGGCAAUUGACGAAAUUGCGCCACAGCUUUGUGAGGGUGAACACACUACUCUGAGCCUCAUCGAUGGUCUCAUCCCCGGGAUGGUACCCAAGCCAGUCGCCCGGGGUAAGUAUGUAUUUGCUGAUCCAGACACGUACUUCUUGAUCGAGGAUUUCCAUCACCUGGAUGAAAGUAUCCCUAGCCCUCAGAGAGUAUCCCAGCGUUUGGCUCAGUUGCACCGUCUGGUUUCUCCCAACGCCAAGUUCGGGUUCGCCGUGCCUACACACCAGGCAAUCGCACCGCAUCCUGAGGGCUGGGAAAGCAGUUGGACAGUGUACUUCACGCGGAUUCUGAAGACAGCUGUCGAGACAGAUGCCGCGAAGAACGGAAACUGGCCAGAGCUGUCCACGGCAGCAAAGCACCUCCUCGAGGCCGUCGUCCCGACCCUGCUAGAUCCGCUGCAAGACGGGCCGAACCCUAUCAAGCCCCGCCUCAUCCAUGGAGACAUAUGGGCAGGAAACAUCGGCACGGACAAGGAGACGGGCGACAUCAUGUUUGUGGAUACGGGAUCUUUCUAUGGCCACAACGAGUUAGACCUUGGAGCCUGGAGGCGACCUCGCGCAGAGAACCUUGGUCAAUCAUACCUGGAUGAGUACAAGCGGAUAUUUCCACCAUCCGAGCCGCAAGAUGCCUUCGACGACCGGAACAGGCUUUACAGCUUGAAAUUCGACCUCAAUGUGGCCGCUUGCGAAAAGCGACAGAGAUUCAGAAACGCUGCCCUGAAUAAUAUGCUGUACCUCAUUGAGAAGUAUAGCAAAACGUCAAUGCCUCACCUGCCAAAGUAUGACCCAAGCAAGGACUACUCGGCAGGGAGCAGCUCCAUAUCUGCAAAUGAACAGUCGCCGUAG